GUUUUAUAUUUCUAAUAUCUCUUCAUCGAAAUAAUUUGUAAGUAAUAGUGAGUGAACUUAAUUAGUUAUGGAUUACUCAACAAUUAGCAAUAAGACCAACUGUACCGAAGCUGAGGACAUAACCAAUGGCGAGCUCAGCGAGCGAUACUAUUUGCUCAAAAAGCAAUACGAUAACUUAUCCAGCUCCUAUGAGAGCAUAAAACAGGAGUUACACGACACCAGACGAUGCUAUCAGACCGCUCUAGAUGUGCAAAGUCACUUGAAUGCGGAGUUGGAGGGUUACCAAGCGGAUGAAGGGCGAAGAAAGAAUGAGGUGAAUGCUCGUAUUUCCUCGCUUCAAGAAGAGAUUGCGUCGCUUCGGGAGCAGAGGACAGAGUUAGUGGACGUUCACACGAAUGAAGUGAAGAAGUUUGAGGCGGAGAUUCGUCGGUUGAAAGAGGAGCGAGCGUGCGUUGAACGGGCGAGUCCCGUGCGUGAUACAGCGGAGUUGGACGAGGCGCGUGCUGCGGCGUCGUCUGCUCUUUCGGAUGCAGCAGCGGCUAAGAUGGCGUUAGAGGAGGCAAGAGCGGAGGUUGUGUCGUGGAGGAUGAAGGCUGAGGAGCUGUUGAAUGAGAUGGGAGAGGUGCGAGCGGCCGCCGAAUUGAGGAGAGAGGAGUUAAGAGCUGCAGGGGAGAGAGAGGCGGCGGUUCUGGCGGACUUGGCCGAAGCCCGGGCCUUGCUGCACCAGUGCACUGACUCACAGGACUUACAGCCUCAUGCUGCAAAAGGAAAUUCAAUAUUUGCUGAAGUUGAAGAUAAAAGACAAGAAAUGGCCAAAAACCUCAUUCAAAUGAAGCAGACUAAUUCCAGAUUGAGGAGAGAAUUGGCAAACAAGCAGACGGAAGUGGAUGCGUUACUGCUUGAGAAGCAAACCAUCUGGGAGCAGCAAGCCGGCGCCGCUGCACAUUACGACAGGGAGCUCAUUGAAAGUUAUGAAGACCGUAUCACACAGCUAGAAGGUCUCUGCGAGAGGCAAAGGAGAGAGCUGGCUCGGUGGUUUGGCAAACUGUGUGAAUCAAAUGCCCAGGGCUGGCUGCCAGGAGUGCUUGACCACUUGAAAUCCGAAUGCGAGCAACUCCGCGCCGAAGUCCUGUCUCUCGGCGCCGCUCAGCUGGCCAGCUCCGCACAAGUCCGCGAGUUACGCCGGAAACUGGCGCGCGCCGCCGCCCCCGCCGCCGGCUCACCCGCCGGAAAACCGCCACAUGUAGUGGAGAGUAAAGACUCAUUGCCCAGAGCGUUGCAAGUACGGAGCAGGCCGUCGCCCGAUGACGUUAAGAAGAAAGUGUCGUUUAAUUAAAGUUUAAAGUAAGUUGAAAGUGCCUUAU